AUGGACUCUGCCCUGCCCACCGCGUUCGAGACGUCUGCAAUUCUGCAAACGGAGGAACUAGGCGUGGCAGCCAGGUUCGGCGACUGCGACAAUGCCGAAGACCGUCGGCCCUGGCGGAGAUUGACCCACUUCCAAAUCUACUGCCGUCAUACCAACAACUUGCGUCAGAUCCAAGAAGUGUUGGAGGGGGCAGAUCUUCUAUUCAGUGGGACUGUUGAACCAUAUGACAGAGGCGGGCUGUCACAAAGACAGAUCACAGAAGUGGGCUGUUCAGAAAGGGAGGGUCUGGGGGCCGCGCAGUUACAGAGUCGGGGCUGCAAAGUGAAGGACAUCGGGCCGAUACUGGAGCGGUCGUUUCAGGGGUACGGGGAGAAGCAGCUGCUGAUUUGGAUCUCGACAACAAGAGCCCACUAUGCGCUCGGAGACCCAGCCGAGGAGUAUAGGCCCCUUUUCGAACCCCUUCAGACUGAAGCAGACCUCGCCGCGGCCGUCUACAACUUGCUCUCCCAAACCCCAACCCUCUCGGCCGCCGACCUGGGCGCCCGUCUCCCGGCCCGUCUGAGGCCCCAUUUCGAGCGGCUCCGGUGGCGCGUGGCUCAGGAGCUCCUGGCGUUUGAGUUCGUCGAGCUUCCGAACGGGGCCCGGUUGAAGUUAGAGAAUCUGGACGCGAUUCGGGCGAUGAGCCGGGGAGGGAAGAAGAGGGGACACGAUCAGGUGGCCGCGGCGUCUCCCAGCCCCAAAAGAGGAACGAAAGCGUCAGCGGAACCGGAUUCCCGGAUCCAACAACUGGUUGAAAUGGGCUACGCCUCAAAACAGGCGCGACAGGCGGUGGGCGCAACUAGAGGGGGCAGCGUGACGGAUGCGCUCGACUGGAUCCUGGCCAAAGACGUGGAGGCGGAACUAGACGAGGCGGGCUCUGACAUCACCAACACUCCCCCAUCAAACCAACCAGAACUCGGCGCCGCCCCCAUUUCGAGCGGAACCCCCGUCCCCUCAAACGUGCCCCCGCUAAACGAGACUCCUGUUCACGAUGACGACGAAGACAGCAGCCCACCGCUGCGCGUCAAUCGCAGAAGGCGCCCAGUUGCGGAGCAAGGGGGGGUCACAUCAGGCACGAAAUUGCCCCCCCUGGACGUGGACUCUUCUGCUCGAACCCCGUUCGAGGGUUUUGAUCGGAUCCAAGCAGACGGUGCUGGGAGGGGUUCGGCAGGAAAUAGUCCCGCGCAGCCCGGCUUGGAUUGGGGUUUAACCGGGGGUUUGGAUGCGGGUUUAGGGCACAGAAUGACCAACUGGCCCGGAGAUUGUGGGCAAUUCCAAGGAGAGCCUGGUGUGGGUGCUGAAGCAGGCGGAGUCCGGCAAUCUUCGGCAAGGGGGGUGGAUUUGGCUAGGAAAUCCACCCCCGUUUGGCGAGCAGAAAGUCAGCGGGGCGCCGGUGAUACGGGAGAAGAGUGUAGAGUCGGUGAGCGCUGCAGCGGGGGCUUUCGGUUGGUUCUGGACGAGGGCGUUCCGCCGGAACCUUCGGACGUGCGCCCAACGGAACCCGCUCCCGGCACAAGUGGAAGAGGCAGAGAAACGACCGGGACAGCCCAAGCAGAACGGGGACUGCUGCCUUGCGAGACUCGCCUCCCCUCACUGAUGGCUUUCAUGCCAGGCGGCGUCUCUGAAGGUGCCGAGGCUGGAGGAGCGGAACGACGGAACGAGAGCAAGAGGCCGGAACCAAGCGUCUGCAGUCGGCAGAGCGGCAUCGGAGUCCCUGGCCGAGCGGAAGAGGGCCCCAGGGAAGAGGAGGCGUCGACUGGAGCAAUGCCGAAUCUGGACGGGUUAGUCGGAGCAGGAGAAACGUGCCACGUGGAAGCUGCUGAUUUGCUGAGCGGAGGCCCGGAUCCUCAAGCCCGGGAUGUGCGCAGUGAAGCCGGAGGAGCAGGGUUUGGGGCACUUGAAUCCGGGGGAAUGGACGGAACGGAGCGGAACCAGACGGACUUGGACGGAAGCGGACGCAUUCGGACAAGAGGGCGGGUGUUCGAAUGGAGCCGUACGGAUCCAGAGGGGUUCGGAUGGGACUGCAUGGCGCCAGGCGGGCGCAAGCAGUUCCGGACGGAAGCACUGGGACUUACCCGGAACUCGACGGAAAGGGGCGGAACCGGACUAUAUCGGACGGAACCAAACGCGUGCAUUCCGCCGGAGCCUUUUGAGCGGUCCAAACAGAGCGGGAGGGGCGGUUUUGAGGAGUCGUUUGACUUCGUUAGCUGGGGAGAAGAACCAGGCAACCACGAGAUUGAACAGGAAACAGGCCGUCCCCCCUUUAGACAGUCAAACCCCGCAGACGGCUUGGAUCGACUUGAGUCGGCUGCUGAUGCCCCUCAGAGCCUAACCCCUCCCGUCUUGCCCAAACCCUACUUCGUUAGCGGAACUCCCACACACUCGCCAAAACGGUCCAAACUUGGACCCGUUCCCAACAACGACCAACCCACAGCACCUUUCGAGCGCCAUCUUCCGCCCCUGAGUGGCGACGAACUCUCGGGGGGGGUCGGAGGCACCGCUUUCACAGGGGGGGUGGAUGUGCCGCUAUUAGAGGCGGAGCUUUUGCAGGAGGAGAACCACCCCGGCGCGAUUCUCAGCCUUUUGGGGGAGGAGGUCGAAGUUCUGAUCGAUGCGUUUGCGAUCUGGUGGGACGUCGACAAGAAGUACUACACCGCAAAGGCGGUCGAGUACGACCCGCCUUCGCACCGCCAUAAAGUCAAGUAUCUCAUUGACGACGAAGUAGAGUGGGUCGCGCUUUGGAAAGAAGACGUGAAGAUCCUAGUCGAGGGGGAGGACUAUAGCAAACCGGACGACAUUCCGCUCUACCUGUACCGGAACGGAAAUCGGGGGCCCGUCAAACCACGGGAAGUCGAGCCAUGCUCGCAAAGCGGCAAGACCCGGAAGCAGGAACGGUCGUGCGGGGCCGCGUCGGAAGAGGAGGGGCCCGAGUCGGAGGUCGACAACGAGUUCCAGCUUGACGAAGAUGACGUCAUUGGUGAAGUCAGCGCCAACAGAAGGCGCCACGUGGCAGCUGCGCGCGGCCCUGUGGUUGCAGAAGAUUUCGAGCAGCGGUGGCGGCCGGCGGUGGAAAACGGCCCCCGGACGUUCCUCUUUUUCUUUGAGAACGUGGCGCACGCGAACAGGGGGCAGUCGGGGGUGGGGCCGGACGGGGAACUAGAGGAGCGGGAAAAUGUGUGGGACCUCAUGCAGCGGCACCUUUGGGGGAUCCCUCCGGAGGAGAUCAACAGCGUGGAGUACUCUGUGGCGAACCGCAAGCGAAAGUACCCUCACAACAUUCCCCGCGCCGGCCGGACCACUCUCGAACCCCUGGCUCCGCUGCGCAUCUCCGAAGUGUGGCCCCAGUAUGCCGCCAACUUCCCGGAGUGGGACCGUCGCAAAACGACCGACAAGCUCAACAUGAUAAACACCAAGGAGCUGCACCCCAAUAUGAUCGGCGUACUGAACAAGAUACUGCGGCAGCCGGGGGGGGCGAUGAACCCAUCGCUGAACACAAAGCGGAGGGCGUUGAUCAGGUCGUACAACCUCAUCUUCACAAGCCCCACCAGCGUGGCGAAUAUUCGAGAGGAGGAAGUGGAGACAAUCAUGGGGUUCCCAAGGGGCCACACUCGCUGCGGGAUCCCCCGGAGCAAAGUCUUCGAGCUGCUCGGCAACUCGUUCCAGGUCGACACAAUCGCUCGCCUUCUCUCGCCGCUGGUGCCCUACUUCCGUUCCAUCCCGGGCGGAAUCUCCGUCCUGUCGCUCUUCGACGGAAUCUCGGGCCUCGGCGUCGCGCUCUGGCGCCUCGGCGUCACCAUCAAGCGCUACAUCAGCGUCGAGAUCGACGAGCACUGCCGAACCGUUGUAGACCAUUGGUGGCGCGUCCAUAAUCUGGGAAACUCCGGGGAACUCUCGUUCGUCACAGACAUCAAGCAGCUCACGACCCCGAGAAUCGCGGAGCUAAUCGCGGAGGGGCCGUUCGAUCUGGUGGCCGGGGGAAGCCCGUGCAACAACCUGACGGGGAACAACCGGCAGCCGAAGGACAGCGCGGGGGGGCGGAGCGGACUGCUCGGGAGAGACUCCCGGUUGUUCCUGGAGUUCCCCCGAGUGCUGAACGAGGUGGAACGACUGCAACUGAGGGCGGGGCGCGCGUCUGUGGUGACGUCAUGAGGUCGGGGAGUAGAUCGGGGGUCGGAUGCACCGUGGAUUUUUCAAUCGUGUGGUUGUGGUGCUCUUUGGUUGGACAGUCCUGACGGCAGAUGUAGCAUGAUGUAAAAUUGGGUCCACGAGGUAGUUAGGGAUGGAAAAGCGGGUCUUGAAAUUUCGCUGGAUUCUCGGGGCUCGUUUGAGAUGACAGGGGCCAAUGGGCGAACUUGGGAUCUACUCGCAUAUUCCGUCGAAUGUUCUAGCUAGAGUCCAUUGGCAUCACAAUAGAUGCUCGUGAGCUGGAUAGAUUCAGCAUGUCAAAAAGGAGGCAUUGGAAGUUGUGCGCUUCCAAUGAUUGGGAGACCUUUUUUAGAGUACUUAGGCAUUGUCAAUUAUACUGAUGGCGUAUGUGAUGCAUGUGUGCGUCACACGACGUACCUAGAUUGGACCGUCUGGCAGCACCAAGAUGUAGCGUAUAAAUGAGUACCCGGCAUCGCGACCAGCUAGACUGUGAAGUCACGUACUAAAUUUAUGAUCCGGUAUAUGAGACUACAUAUGACUAGCUCGAUAUUAGGAG